AGAACCGCAGUGUUUCACAGCGAGCGCUCAGUGGUGAAAGAAAAGAAAACAAUAACUGAAUUUUUUUUUUAGUAUUGAAUGUGAUGGAAGCGGACAAGAGGAAAAUGUCUCGGAUUUCUGAGGACGCUCUUGUGAUUGCUGAGGAAGCGCAGUGUUUGUGUUUUUGAUGCUUUAUAAGCAGUAACGAGCAAAAACAUCAGACAGACUAAUCUGUAAAUUAAACUGCAGGUUUGUUUUUAUUCUCAUCACAAUGAGGUUGUUUGCGUUUUUGUUGAACAUUUCUGCAAAAAUUGAGUAUUACUCCAGAUUUUCUCCAUCUCCACUCUCCAUCAAGCAGUUCCUAGAGUUUGGAAGGGACAAUGCGUGUGAGAAAACCUCAUACACGUUCCUGAGGAAGGAGCUGCCUGUGCGGCUGGCCAACACCAUGCGGGAGGUCAACCUGCUGCCGGACAAACUGCUGACUCAGCCCUCGGUCAGACUGGUGCAGAAAUGGUACAUGCAGAGCUUUCUGGAGCUGCUGGAGUACGAAAACCGGAGCCCAGACGACCCGCACACCCUGAACGACUUCUUGGAGAUUCUUAUCGAGAUCAGGAACAGACACAAUGAUGUGGUCCUCACCCUGGCCCAAGGAGUCAUCGAGUACAAGGAGAAAUUCAGCUUCGACCCGUUUGUCAGCUCCAACAUUCAGUAUUUCCUCGACCGCUUCUACACCAACCGGAUCUCCUUCCGCAUGCUCAUCAACCAGCACACUCUCCUGUUUGGUAACGACACAAACCCGGCGCAUCCCAAGCACAUCGGCAGCAUCGAUCCCGCUUGUAACGUUGCCGAUGUGGUUAACGAUGCGUAUGAGAUGGCGAAGAUGCUGUGUGAGCAGUACUACCCCACUGCCCCGGCGCUGAAGGUUAAAGAGUUUAACGCUAAAGCUCCUGACAAGCCCAUCCAGGUCGUAUAUGUGCCGUCUCAUCUGUUCCACAUGCUGUUCGAACUCUUCAAGAAUGCAAUGCGAGCCACAGUGGAACAUCAUGAAGAAAAUAAAGAUGAUCUUCCGCCUGUUAAGGCGAAAGUGACCUUGGGGAAGGAGGAUCUCUCGAUAAAGAUCAGUGACCAGGGUGGAGGCGUACCUCUGAGGAAGAUUGACAGACUCUUUAAUUACACCUACUCCACUGCCCCGACCCCCAGUUUAAACUCUAAACGAGUUCCACUAGCCGGAUUUGGUCACGGUUUGCCGAUCUCCAGACUCUACGCCCGAUAUUUUCAGGGAGAUCUGCAGCUCUACUCGAUGGAAGGCAUUGGCACAGACGCAGUCAUCUACCUGAAGGCUCUCUCCAGCGAGUCAUUUGAGAGGCUGCCGGUCUUUAACAAGUCAGCCUGGCGGCACUAUCAGGGAGGUCUGGGUGCAGACGACUGGAGCAACCCGAGCAAAGAGCCGCGGGACGCCUCCAAGUACAAAGCAAAGAGAUAAAUCCACCGCCACCAGUACAUCAAUCUCCCUUCUUCCCUCUUGACUCCGAAUGUUCUCUCUGUGUGCGCCCGCGCGUCCCUCAGCACGGCCUCUGCACUUUUCCCUGUUAUCAGUCACAGCCCCCCCUGCUGGUGAGAGAGAGAGCUGAGAGGCCUUGACUUCCUGUCUGCAGUGCCACAUCAUAACUUCACUUGUCUUUAACUCCCCUUAAGAACAGAAAGGGAAGGUAGGGAAGUGUUUCCCACCACACACAACAUUUCAGUAAGUGACGCUGUGAGGUUUAUAGGAUAAAAUACUGGUCCAUGAGCCAAGGCAGAUUUUAUUACCAUUUCGCAGGCAAAUUUCUCGAUGCACUGUUUUGAUAGUGACCUUAAGCAAAAACAAUCUGCAUGAUAACCAUUUUGAAGUGGCAGCUAUAUCGAGAUGUUGGGUACAUCUACAUUUUACUUUAAAUGAUCCUGCGUGGAAACGAGGCUGGAAAGAGUUUUAGUUCUGUUAUGUAGCCUAAUGAUCACAGAUUUCAUGUGACAACACUAUAAAAAACCAAAACCGCUUUCUCUAAAUCUGCUGAACUAUUCAGAAUUAGAUGCUGUAAGUACAAAUCAAUGACUUUUACCUGAGGGUCAUCUGAGGUUAUUCGAUAGCGAUGAUUUGAACACCGUACGGAGCCGAGUCUCAGGGAACAGCAGGCGUGGAGCAAAGCAUGCCAGCGGAUCUACACAAGAAACCGGUCAGAAAAAAACUUUCAUGCUCGUCUAAUUUUUUGAGACGCACUAGUAUAUAAUAAUAUAUAGUCCUGUGCAAAAGUCUUUGUCCCCAUACAAACUUUAUCGAUUUCUGUUAUCGAGUCAAAACAUUUUAGAGUCCAAACAUUUUUUUUUUCCAGCACAAAAUUAAAUGUUACAGGAAAAAAAAAAAAGUAGCAUAUUACCACUUUAAAGAGAGCACUUUUCAGAUUAAAAUGAAGAAGCGAGUGUGACAGUCAAAGUGUCCAGAAGAACUGCGGCUGGGUCUGUAAGACGCUCGGUAAAACCUACAGCUCAUUUCCUUACUUUUAAGCCAUUUUUGGUCGACAGCAUUUCUUUCCAUGCGCCUCAGACUUUUGCACCGGACUGUGUGUAUAAUAUCGACUAUGAGAGUUUCAGUGUAUCGCCUGCUCAUAUUUUGAAGAAGGACGUUUCAGUUCUGUUCGCUAUUUACUGUAAUUCUGGUUUUUCUUCAGGGAGCACAGCAUACUUUAUUCCCUCGAGAUCCCGUUAACUUUUCUCUUUCCUUUGGCUUGUGCAUUUAAUAACUUUUUCUUUAAUAAUGUUUAACAACUUUUUUUUUUUAAUAUUGCUUGAAAUUAAGCUUUCUGACAGCAAGACGCCAUUUUUCUUACUGUCAUCACGAACAGAGAAAAUAUCGUGCAAUAUUCUAAGGAAGUGUAUUACACUUUUAAUAAUAGUUCAGUUUAUUUGGAGUUAUGAUUGUGUCCAUUAAAUCCCCCCCCCCCAAAAAAAAAAUUAUACAAAGCUACUAAAUUGUCAGGGUUAUCAUAUGUAACUUAAAAAGUAGAAACGUUAAAAGGUUUUAAAAACACGUGAUAGGAUUUGCCCUGGGCGGCACGGUGGUGUAGUGGUUAGCGCUGUCGCCUCACAGCAAGAAGGUCCUGGGUUCGAGCCCCGUGGCCGGCGAGGGCCUUUCUGUGUGGAGUUUGCAUGUUCUCCCCGUGUCCGCGUGGGUUUCCUCCGGGUGCUCCGGUU